AUGUGUGUAUUGACCUGGGAGGUCAUUGUGUAUCUCAGUGAGCUGAUUCUAAUAAACACGUGUCCUGACAACAAGGCAGUUGUUAUAUGGUGUCUAGAAGCGGGAUUCUCAAUGGAAACCUUGAAACCACCUGCACACGUUAAUUUCCAGAGUGGAAAUGUGGCUACAAACUGGCGUAAAUGGGAGCAGCAAUUCAAGGUGUACUAUAAUGCAUGCGAAUUAGGAGAAAAGUCUGGCGCGACGCAAGUCGCCAUCUUGCUUCACACUGCAGGCCCGGAGGCGCAAGAUAUUUUUAACACGUUCACUUUUGAAGAUGACUCACAGAAACAAGAUGUAGACGCGGUCUUGACAAAAUUUAGACAGUACAGUGAGCCCAGGCGCAAUGUAGUUUUUGAGAGAUACCAAUUCUGGAGCCGAAGUCAGCAAGAAGGGGAAUCCGUAGACACGUGGAUAACGGAGCUGAGAAGGCAAAGCGACAAAUGUGAGUUUGGUGAACAAAAAGACUUGUUAAUCAGAGACAAACUCGUAUUUGGUGUAUUGGAUCCUAAAGUCAAAGAAAGAUUGCUAAGGGAAACCUCUCUUACGUUAGAAAAAGCGCUUGACAUUGCACGUGCAGCAGAAGUAAGCAGAGCGCAAAUGGCCGCCAUGACAGUCCCGGCAAGUUUACCUGAAGUCAAUGCUAUUAAGAGCAAACAGCGUAUCGCCAAAGUCACAUCUAAAUGCAAGUACUGUGGAACUUCACACCUUCCGAAACGAUGUCCAGCUUAUGGUAAGAAGUGCAAGAAAUGUUCGGGGUUAAAUCAUUUUGCCGUUGUUUGUCUGGGUGGAGGCUUCAGAAAGAAACCAUUAUCAUCAAAGAAGAUACACCAGCUAGACACGGAGGUUGUUGGCAGUGAUGAAGGUGAGAGGCUGUUCGUUGGCAGUCUCACAAGCAGCAAUUGUUCUACGCAGUAUUCUGAGACUCUGUAUAUUAACAAGAAGCCAGUGACAUUUAAGUUGGAUACUGGAGCUGAUGUCAAUGUGCUGCCAUGGGGUACCUAUAAGCAAGUAUGCCAGACACCUCUCCGUGUCACUAAAGCUGUUCUGACAGCAUUUGGAAAUGCUACAAUAAAACCAGUGGGUCAAGCACAGCUGUCAGUCUCAACCAAGCCCUCUCUUAUGCCUCAGCCAGCUACUUUCUAUGUGACUGAAGGAGAUUAUUCAGCCAUUCUUGGACGUCAGUUAUGUGCUUCACUAGGGCUUAUACAACGUGUACCUGUGAACAUAGUCCAGUCUACAAAUGUACCUUUGACCCAAGACAAGCUAUUGAGUGAGUAUGGUGACAAUUUUACUGGACUUGGACAAUAUAAGAGAGAAUAUGAUAUUGUUGUUGACCCAAGUGUUUCCCCAGUGGUGCAAGCUCCUCGUAAGAUACCCUUUGCUAAGCAUGACAAGUUGAAGGAGGCUCUCUCUCAGCUAGAAAAGCAAGAUGUCAUUGCAAGUGUUGACAAACCAACUGACUGGGUGAACAAUUUAGUGAUUACAGAGAAACGCAAUGGUAGCAUUAGGCUAUGUCUCGAUCCCAAGCCACUCAACCAGGCCAUAAAGCGUGAGAGAUAUGAGAUACCUACGCCAGCUGAUGUUCAGAGCCGACUAGCAGGUAAAUGCAUCUUCACAGUUGUUGACAUGAAGGAUAGUUACUGGCACGUGAAACUAUCUGAAGAAUCAUCAUAUCUUUGCACUUUCCACACCCCAUGGGGCCGAAAGAGAUUUAAGCGCAUGCCUUUCGGAAUAUCCUCUGCUAGUGAAGUGAUGCAGAAGCGUAAUGAGGAAGCGUUUGGUGACAUUCCAGGGGUGCACGUCAUAGCAGACGACAUGAUCAUUGCAGGUAGCAGUGAAGCAGAGCAUGAUAGUAUAGUUCAUAAGGUCAUGCAGCGAGCACGUGAACAGAAUGUCAAGUUCAACAAGGAUAAAAUCCAAUUCAAAGUGAAGUCAGUCAACUACAUGGGUCAUAUUGUAUCUGAAGAAGGACUUAAACCUGAUCCUGCCAAAGUCGAUGCAAUCAUUAACAUGCCCCAGCCAACAGACAGAGCUUCAAUGAUGCGUUUCUUGGGAAUGGUGAAAUAUCUGUCACCAUAUAUAGCCAAUGAGUCAAGCCUAACUGCUCCUCUCAGAUUGCUGCUGAAAGAGGAUAUUGAAUGGCAUUGGGGACCAGAGCAGGAUCAUGCUAUGCAGCAAGUAAAGGAAGCUCUAAGCAAGCAGCCCGUUCUGCAGUUUUAUGAUGUGACACAGCCAGUCACCAUUCAAACAGAUGCCUCUCAAGGUGGGUUGGGUUCAUGCUUACUCCAACGAAACAAACCUGUUGCAUAUGCCUCGAGAGCUCUUACUUCAGCAGAACAAAAUUAUUCUCAAAUAGAAAAGGAGCUUCUAGCUAUUUGUUUUGCCUGUGAAAAAUUCCACCAGUAUGUGUAUGGCAAAGAAGUGGAGAUUCACACUGAUCACCGCCCAUUGGAAAUUAUUCUGAAGAAGCCUAUCGUUAAGGCAUCUCCAAGACUGCAACGUAUGAUGUUACAGCUACAAAGAUACAACAUUUCUGUCCGAUACAUAAAAGGAAAGUACAUGCAUGUAGCUGAUACGCUUUCUAGAGCGUAUAUUCAGGAUGAGUCCAAGUGUGGUGCUCCAGAGGAUAUUGAAGUUAUGGUACACAGCCUAGUUACCAGUCUCCCUGCUUCUACAGACAAGCUGGAGGAGAUUAAAGCAGCCACUGCUGAUGAUUACACGUUACUAAGACUUCAGUCAGUUAUAAAACGCGGUUGGCCUGACAGGAAGUCUGAGCUGCCAGUGAACGUCCAGCCCUACUGGGAUGUAAGGGAUGAGUUACACAUAGCAGAAGGCCUCGUUCUUCUGGGAGAGCGCAUCGUAAUUCCCGCCAAGUUACGAUCAGACAUGUUGUCUCUAAUUCAUGAAAGCCACUUGGGUGCUGACAAAUGCAAAGCAAGGGCGAGAUCUUCACUAUACUGGCCAGGAAUGUCAGCGGACAUAGAAUUGAUAGUUGCCCAGUGCUCGGUGUGCAGUAAAUUUCGUCCAAGCAACGGAAAGGAGCCCUUGAUUCCGCACGCGAUACCACACAGGCCAUGGGAGAAAGUUGGAGCGGACAUUAUGACUUUGAAGGGUAAAGACUACCUGGUUGUGGUAGAUUAUUAUUCCAAAUACCCAGAGAUUUCUUACUUAGAGGACAAAACGGCCAAGACCGUGAUACUACACUUAAAGUCUAUAUUUGCUAGACAUGGAAUUCCUGAGACAAUUGUCUCUGACAAUAUGCCAUUUGGGAGUUAUGACUUUAAAAACUUCGCAAGAGAAUGGGGAAUAAACCAGGAUACCUCGAGUCCUCACUAUCCUCAGUCAAAUGGACAGAGCGAGAGAACAGUUCAGACUAUUAAGAAAAUCCUGAAGAAAGCCAUGAGUGAUGGAAGAGAUCCAUACAUUGCCUUGCUGGAGUAUCGUAAUACUCCAAUCUCAGGAAUGGAUUUUUCCCCAGCCCAGAUGCUAAUGAGCAGAGCUUUACGUUCUAAGAUUCCAACAGCUACCAAGCUACUUGAACCACAAGUAGUGUUUCCAAAGCAGCAGCUACAUAGACAACAGCAGAGGUACAAGAGAAUAUAUGACAGAAAAGCAAAGGAGUUGCCCGAGUUAACUCCAGGAGAAUCAGUCGGUCUUCAGUGCCAGGGAGAAUGGAAGCCCGCAUCAGUUGUAAAGAGGGACGCACAUCCUCGGUCUUAUGUAGUAAGCUACAAUGGUCAUUCAUUCAGGAGGAACAGAAGACACCUCAGAAAAGGGAACUUCAAAUUUUCCAAUGAUUUGCAGGAAAUACCUGAUCUCCAUGAAACAAGUAAACCCGAGUCACCAGUCAAUCAGGACUGUAAAUCUGAGUCGCCACUUAAAAAAUAUCAUCAAAAGAAACACCAGGAAAGCACUGAGAAAUCUGGAGUUCAAUGUGAGAAAUAUACCAGGUCCGGAAGGCUUAGUAAACCUCCAGAUAGGCUUAAUCUAUAAAUAAGGCAUGUGCUAGCAACCUCUGCCUUUUGUUUUGUUUUGUUUGUUUUGAUGACAUCUCAGUGCAUGUGUACUUUCAUGGUUCAUUAACCUAAACUGUGUUUAUGUUUCUGUGAAAAGUUACUAGUCUGGAGUUACAAAGUUGACAGUUUAUCAACAGAAGGAACAUUGACACUUAUAAUCAGUUAUUCCUUUGGGUGUUGUGUUUUGUAGACUAGUAAGUUAAACUUUGUGUGUGUUUUGAAAAGACUGUUUAUUGAAAGUUUGUUUAUUGAAAACUGAACAGUGACUUUAUGCAGCUUGUUUAUUGAAAACUUUGAACAGUGAUUUAUGCAGUUUGUUAAUGAAGUUAAUGUUUCACUGUUGCUCUUUAGUCAGGCACUGCUUUGAAUGGUUCACACAAGCCACUAUUUCUAACAAAGUUAAAGUUUAAAGUUAAAGUCUUGUACAGUGCCUGUUUCUUCAUAAAAGGGGAGAUGUCACAUAUUGUGCAGCGCGCCACCUAUAUGAUGUGUGUAUUGACCUGGGAGGUCAUUGUGUAUCUCAGUGAGCUGAUUCUAAUAAACACGUGUC